AUGGAGGCGAAUAACGGAGCGGCCUCAGCCCACCAGCACCAGCAAAUGGUGCCGGUGGUGGCGCGGAGGCGUCGCCGGACCGCGCGGCAGCUGCGCGAAUCGACACCGGAUCCGGGAACGCGCGGGAGCCUGGAAGGCAGUGCCUCGAAUUCGGCCGACGAUCCGGCCGAGAGUGGCUCGGAGUCGGCCCGCGGCCAGGGAGGAAGCACCGUCGACAGCAGCCCGUCGUCGUCGAAGAAAAGCCUGAUCGAGCGGGCGAUGGAGUACGGGAGCGCGCACCGGAACAAGAUCCUGGCGCGGAAGGAGAAGAAGCUGGCGACGGUGCUGGUUCCGCGCAGUCGCUCGGUCCCCCGGGACGAGGGCGACGUGCCGAGCAGUCCGGAGAUCUUCUCGCUGCUGCGCCGGGCCAAGCGGAGCCUGUCGGGUGCAAGAAAACCGAAAACGGACGACUCGAGCGACGGGGGCCGCAUUUCCGACACUGAGGUGCGCAAGCGGCGCGAACGAAUCGAGCGCUUCCAGAGCGAUCGCGCCCGCGAAGGCGACGGGAAACCGACGGGAAACCUCACCAACAGCAACCAGGCGAACCUGCAACGGUUCAACGAGGAGCGGCGCCGCUUCGAGCUGGAGAAGCUCAAGUUCCUGCAGGAGAAGCGCGAACUCGACCGGAUGCGGCUCCGGCGGUUCGAGAAGUACCGCGAAGAGAUGCUCGAAGAGCAGAGCCGCAAGCUGAAGGUGAAACUACAGCAGGAGCGCUCGAAGACCAUCGAAGCUACCCCACUUCCGCCGCUGCCACUUUCCUCCGGAAGCAUCUCACCGCAUCACCGAGGAUCAGCGACGCCGGUCAAGGAAUCGACCACACCACCCUCGGUGGACCGUGUGAAGAAGAAGAUCCUGAUCGUCCCGAAGGCACGCUCGUCCAGUCACUCGGCGUCGACCAGCGAAGACGAAGGUGGCCGCCUAUCGUCGGACGAGGAGGUAAAGCAGGCGGCCCCGGUCCGCCGGCGGUACUCACCCCGCAAACCGAAGCGACCCCGGGCGACGAUGAAGCUGCUCGAACCGAUAAAACCACUGCCCGGGGUCGCCGAUGGCAUCACGUCACCAGAGUCCGAACUACCUUCGGACUAUCAGCCGGAAGAGGAAAGUGUGGCCCCAGCACCGGUACCGAGGCCGGAAGAACCGAAACCGGUCGAACCGGAAAUGGUACUCACCCACAGGCGUGUCCCUGGGAAGGAACCAUCGCCGAUCCGAGCCGAAAAACCGCAGGAGGAGUCAACAACAGUGGUGAAGACUUCAGUUGUCGAUGACCCCAAGAAGGAGACGAAUGGCACGACGGAGCACCCGAAAGGUGAUACGGCGAUCGUCGAGGAUGUGAAGAAACCGCGCCGUCGAAGGCCACUGGUGCUGUACGUGGAGCAGCCAGGCGAUAGCUUCGGCUGCGGUGCGCUCCUGAAGGAAUGGUACGAAAUGUGGCAAGACUUUGUUGAGGAUCACCCUGAGGAGCUGGUCCGGAUGCGGCUACAGGUCAAUCACUGUGUGUUCUACUUCGGCGUGAUGGUGCUGCUGUGUGGUGUCGGAGGGAUCGCCUUCCGGCUCACGGAGGGCACGUUCGAGUCGCAGUACAAGUGUGGCGUGAAGCGCGUCAAGCGAGAGUUUAUCGAUCAGCUCUGGCUGUCCAGUCACAGUCAAAGGGAGGAUGACUGGAAGCUCACGGCACGGAACCGGCUGCGGAAGUUCGAGGAGGAGCUACAGAUUGCGUUCGAGGCGGGCAUGAAGUCGUACAGCGGGAACACGGCCUGGAACUUUAUCAACGGAGUCAUCUACUCACUCACGGUGGUGUCCACGAUUGGAUACGGACAUAUUACACCCUCUACGACGACGGGACGGGCACUGACGAUCGUGUAUGCCAUCAUUGGCAUACCGAUCUUUCUGAUCGUGCUGGCCGACUUCGGUAAGCUGUUCACGCGCGGCAUCAAGUUUCUAUGGGCGUACGUGCGGCGCCUCUACUACACCGGAUCGUUCCGGAAGGUCCGGAAAACGGCUCAAGUGCAGGAAGUAAUGAAGGGGCUGAACGUGAUGUACGAUAUGGUCCGACGACCCAGCGGUGACAACGAGCUGCAGGCCUCGACGACAACGGCCGCCACUCCGAUGAUCCCACCCCAGCAAACCCCUCCACCAGCGGUGCCCCAUCCCUACCGGCUGCCGGUGACGGCCGAGGGAGGUCAAGCGGCGACCGGGAUCGAGCUAGCUCCCGAUACGCCGACUACCCCGAUUCCGGAGACGUUCGAGAUCGAUGACGAGUUCAACCUGCCCAUCUCGGUGGCCAUCUUCAUCCUGGUCGCGUACAUGCUGUUCGGGGCGACGAUCUACUUCACGUGGGAAAACUGGAGCUUCUUCGAGGCGUUCUACUUCGUGUUCAUCUCGAUCUCCACCAUCGGCUUCGGGGACUUUGUGCCGCAGCACCCGAUCUACAUGAUGUGCAGCAUACUGUAUCUGAUCUUUGGCCUCGCGCUCACGUCGAUGUGCAUCAACGUGGUGCAGCUAAAGCUGAGUGACAGCUUCCGGCAGGCGAGCGCCAAGAUUGGGGCCACCAUUGGCCUGCAGAUGGCGGAGGCGGCCUCACUGCAGCAGUCUCCGGUCCACACGCCGAUCGAACUGGCCGCGGUGCACACGUCCACACCGACCAGCGCGGGCGAAGGUGGAGCCUCGCCACCACCGGCCGCCGCAAAUGGCUCUCCGGCCCUGCCGACCCGACCUUCCAGUGCCGUUCAGAAACCGGACAAGAAAGACUGAACGGGAACCGGGCACAACCAAAAGGACGAUGGACGAAAAAGGGGCCCAGCGUGGCCACGUGUGCUCUUGUACCAUUAGGAAUCUUCUACUUAGUUUAUACUGUGCUGACGCAAGAAGUUUGUUAUUUAAUCGAGUUUAAGUUUAAGGACGAACAAUGGGGCGGAGAGAGACAAACCAAAAGCUGCGGAGAAGCGAGGAGCUUCCUCCGGAUAUUGCCUACGUGUGCUGCGCAGGAUUGUGCUAUGCGAUUGUGUUUUUGCUGCGUUUCCUUGGAGCUCUCGCGCUCCCGGAACGUGUGUACGCGCAAUAUAG